AAAAACAUAAAAAAGCGUGCCAACCAUUGCCUCGAUAGAGAGUUCAACAGGCUCUUAUUAUUUUCACAGCUGGCCCAAAUCAAUGUUUUUUGAUAACAAGCCCAGCCCAGCCCACUCCAUCAUCGUCAACCCGUCUUCCACGGUGGGAACCCCAGCGGCCUCCCUCUUUGUCUUCCCGUCGUCCACACGAGAAACCCUAGCUGCCUCCGUUUUCAACUGCUCAGCCGACCACCCAACGCCGUCGUUGAUUUUCUGUUCUUCUCAAGAACAAACAGAGCUCCAAUCUUCCCUACCUUAUUUAGCCCCAAAUCGAAGAAUCGAGGAAUUUCCCUUCGAUUUGGAUAGAGAGAAUUCCCACCAUCACACCUAACUGAUAACGAGAAACAGACGCGAGAGAGAGAGAGAAGAGAGAUGAAAGGCCGAAAGCGCGAGAAAGAAGACCAUCGCGAGAGCUUGAGCCCUCCAUCGCGAGAGCUUGAGAAGACCCUACCAAGGAAAAAUUUGAAUGAAGUGGAAAAAGAAAGUGAAACAAACAAAUCUUUGGAUAAGAAGAGAAAAAGAGAGAGAAGAAAAGGAUUCUCUUCUAGCGAAGCUGUUCAGAGCAGUGUAGAAGAUGGUGGAGCACCAGUAACAAGACAAUCAGGAUCUGAAGGAAAAGUUUCAGAGGAUGUUGAUACUGAAAAAAAGAGCAAAAAUGGUAAGUCCAAAAAAGCUGCGAAAAAGAAAAAGAAGGAUCACCUUUUACCAAACAAAGAGAAGGACAUUUUGGAAAAGAGCAUAGAGGCUGCGGUUGAUGAGGUCUAUCAUAUCCCUUCAGGGGAUGAAGAUUGCACUAGAGGAAUGAAAAAAUGGAUUAUGGAGUACCAUCAGAGUAGACCAGGAUUGAAGAUAUUGCAGCAAAGAAUUGAUGAUUUUAUAACUGCACAUGAGGCACAAGAGGAACAGGCAAAAAAGGAAAGAGAAGCCCGUGUUGCAGAAGGGGGAUGGACUGUUGUCACACAUCAUAAAGGAAGGAAAAAGACAACAGAUUCGGAAAGUGGAAUUACUGUGGGCUCAGUUGCACCGAUUGUUGCGACAGAUAAACUGGCUAAAAAGAGAAGUAAAGAACUUCAGAAUUUCUAUCGGUUUCAAAAGAGGGAAGCCCAGAGGAAUGAGGUUAUGAUGUUGCAAAGCAAGUUUGAACAGGAUAAAAAGCGGAUACAGCAACUGAGGGCUGCUAGAAAGUUUCGGCCUUACUGAAACUACAAACCAGGAAGUACCAAAUUUGUCAUCUCAGAAGUGCUAAGACAAGCGGUUGUAGCAUGACAGUUGCAAUCCAUAGUUUUUAUAGGAAAAAAGAUGUUUUGAAAGAUUUUUCGUUUGAAAAAAAAUCUUUAUUUAAAGCUGAAGAUGUACAUUUUCAAGUGAUUAUGAAGCAAUUUUUUUGGCUGUUUAGAAUAUAUCCUUGAUUUGUAUGCCAGCACUGAGGUGUAAUAUCCUAUCAGCUCAGUAAAAAAUGGAUUGAAAUUAA